AUGACUAGUUCGCAGCAUUUCAAGCCUAGCUUUCUCGGAGAGACUAACCCACAGCUAGAGAUUUCAACUGGGCGAAGACUCAGCACGGCGAGUGAAAUGGACGCCCAGCUCACAGCAAGAAAGCCGAGUUUCCUGACCCACCAUGACGCCCCCAUCUCGCCCAUGGGUAGCCCCAAGUCCCCCAAGCACAAAUUCUCCGAUAGCCACAGCAGCCUCUCGUCGUACUCGCCCUCGACUCAGUCAGGGUGCCACUCGAGAAUAUCGUCUUUUUCCACCAUCAGCAUGGCCCCGCCUCCGAGCACCAUGAUGGGCGAGAUUCCGUCCAUCGAGGAGAAGUCGGAGCGCAACGAUAGCGACAGGUGGGCGCCCAACCUGCCCGCUCUCGGAAAUAGCCAGCUACCAUCGAGGGAUCUGCCACAGCUUAACAACGGCACUCCACCCAGGUUCGGCUCGUUUAGCAUAGAGCCACGUCGUCCCAGCAGCCCAUCGGAUGCUUUCCUGAUCUCGAGGGGAGAGGCUCGACAGAGCCCGCCAUCCCACUACCAGCCGCCCCAGCAUGAAGCCGAGAGUAUGAGUGAACAUUUGAGCGACCACCAGGACACGCUCAACCCACUUCCCAAUACCCUCUCUAGAUUCCCUCAGCACUCAUCUCACCUUCUACAACCCAUCCACAAGCACAAGCGGGCCAUCUCCGCACCCAGUUUCGCCGCGUUCCGAGCGCAGCCCAAUGGCCCGGCGUAUCCCACGAGGGCGCUUCCUCCCCAUCCCAUGCAGCCCAUGGCACAGCAGCAGCCAAUGCCUCAGCAGCCUCUCCCCCAGCCCACCAAGCGUUUGCUGCGCCGGUGGGAGCAGAACCUCCACAUCCGGUGCGAGCGAGUAGAGAACUGCGAUACGGGGACGGAUAGGCGGAAGCUCAUCUCGCACGUGUUUGGCCGCAACAAGCUUUGCACUCGAGCGAUUCCUCAGGAGGUGUGGGUGCACUACUGCCGAAAGCACUACCAACGCGAGCGCUAUAGGAAGGGCCCCGAGUACGCCAAGUUGCAGGCAGACCUCAUCUUGGUGCAGAUUGACCGUAUCCAGGCGUGGUCGGAUGGCAACGUCGCGGCCAACGACGGCCCUGUUGUCAAGGACUGGGCACUGAGCAUCAGGAAGCGCGAGCAGCAGCGCCGCAAGAAGAGUCAGGACGACGGGGAAGAGGAGGAGGAGGAGGAAGACGACGCGGUAGCCCUCGGCACCGCCGUCCCCGACUGGCUCGCCGGUCAGGCUGGUUCGGGAUACCCAACCGCCCAGAUCAAGGACAUCAUGGCGCAACUCCGGGACGAGGUACACGCUGGCAACCUCUUGCAGCUGCCCGACAUUGAGAUCCUCCCCAACAUUGAAGGCGCGGUGGCGCCCCGCCGGCCCCAAAAGCGGCGGUCCAAGUCAUCCGUCUCCCACCGGCGCACGCAGUCGAUGGGCAUCCCCAUCGGGAACGCCCUCCCACCCGCGGGCGACCACCACAUGCUAUUCAACCACAGGCGCGGGUCCCAGCCGGCCAUUGUAGUGACGGAAGAAGCCGGACGAGCGGAGAAGCGCAAGGCCGAAGAUGCACUGGACGGAGCAUAUGCGCCGCCCAACUCUAGACGCACGGCACUGGUGCACCGCCCUGCCUUCCAGCAGAUCCAAGAGGAGCGGUUGGAGCACUUGGACGCCCAGCCCCACAUGACGCUGUCGGCGCCACAGCCGCGGCACGGGCGCAUCUCCAACUCGGUCAUCGGGCGCAUGGAGCCAGAGCCGGCGGCUCACGGCGGAUACUUUAGUAAUGCAGAUCCGUUCCGCGCCGGUCAGGGCCAGGUGGCUCCGGCACCCCCAGCGCGGCCAGUGCCCUCGUUCGAGGACGGCGGCCACGUUCAAAGGCUCGGGUUGGCGCAGAGGCGGCGGGUGAGCACCCCGAACGCCAGCUACAUGGCACACGGGCCCAAUUCGAACCCCGCGUUCGACCCCCUCCAGCGCCUACCGAACCCGUUCGCGGCGAUCCCUUCCGGCCCCGCUGGCCAGCCCUUUAGCCACGGUCACGGCCGGGGUGGGGAGCCGCAGCACACUACCCUCCCUUCCAUCAGCCAGAUGACGGGAGAGGAUUUCCGUCCCCAACCUUGA